AUGGUGCAGGAGAUGCGACUACGUGAUGGUUCUUGUUUGUCAUCCCCAGAGGCUAUUCAUGCUAGGGCUGUGGAAUUCUUGAGUGAUUUUCUGAAGGCAAGACCAAUGAGGGCUACCCCAGAUUUAUCCUUGUUUGUGCAGAAUGUCAUUACAGAAGAGGAAAACAACAUUCUUCUUCAGUUCCAUUCAAUCCAAGAGGUUAAAGAGGCUAUUUUUUCUAUUCCGGAGGAUAGUAGUCUAGGCCUAGAUGGGUUUGGGUCUAGAUUCAAUUGUUCGUGUUGGGAUAUUGUGGAGGCUAAUGUGGUGGCCGCAGUUCAGGAGUUCUUUAGUGGUGCCCCUCUACCCAGAUUGUGCUCGGCAUCUUACAUUGUGCUCCUUCCAAAGGUGCCAAGCCCUACUAGGUUUGACAAAUUUAGACCCAUCAAUCUGUGUUCUGUGGUUUACAAGGUCAUGUCCACUUUUGGUUUUGGCCCUCGGUUUUGUGAGUUGAUCCAACAGUGUAUUUCUACUCCUUGGUUCUCUGUGGUUGUGAAUGGCACCAUGAAAGGAUUCUUUCCCAGUGGGCGUGGUUUGAGACAGGGGGAUCCUUUAUCUCCCUACUUGUUUAUUCUUGUGGAAGAAUUAUUAUCCAGAUUGUUAAAGCAUAAUUUUGGUAAUGGGUGGAUUAUUUCAUUUUCUCACCCUCGGGGUGCUCCUCUUAUAUCACAUUUAUUGUAUGUUGAUGACAUUGUUGUGUUUGCUAAUGGUGGGAAGUCCUCGCUCUGUGCUAUCAGGGUUGCCUUUGCUCAGUAUGAAGAUUGGUUUAGUCAGGUGGUGAGUAAAGAGAAGUCUUCUAUUUUCUUUCCUAAACAUUUUACGAGUGCUAAAAAAAGGAGUGCCUUGAGAAUUACAUCUUUCUCAGAGGGCUCCUUUCCGGUGAAAUAUGGGGCACCGUUGGUUUCAGGAAGGCUGAAAGUAAUUCAUUUUGAUGGGCUAAUGCACUGGAUCCGGAGCCAGCUUGAAGGAUGGCAAAUGAAGUUCCUAUCGUGUGGUGCUCCCAUUUUGUUGUUGAGUCAUAUUGUGGUGUCGCUCUUUAUGAAGUUUGCUUGGAAGCUUCUAACUCAAAAUUCCAUUUGGGUUAAUUUCUUUAAGGCAAAAUAUGUCAAGUAUAGGCAAAUCUCUUUGAUUGAGGCUAGUAAGGGCUAUUUAUUCUGGAAGCAAAUAGUAGCGGUGCUACCUAAGGUGUUGAGUAAUGCCGUGUGGAAGGUAAGGGAUGGUCGUGUCUCUUUUUGGAGGGAUAACUGGUUAUCAUCAGGUGCUAUUAUAGACUCUUGUGAGAUCUCGGAUCUUCCUCUUCUCACAAUAAGGGAGUGUCGCAUUUAUAAUGGGUGGGAUGUGGAUCUUCUCAGAAGACUGGUUGGGGAAUCCAAACUUGAGGCAAUCUUGACAUCUUUCGGUGACCAUAAAGAUGGGGUAGAUAUCCUGAUUUGGAAGCCAAGUUUGGAUGGCAUUUUUUCCUUGAAGUUGGCUUGGGAAUGUAUUCGUGUUAGGGCCCCAAAAAUAGAAUGGGCUCGUUGGAUUUGGCAUUCUGGGAUACCAAAGAAGUAUUCAGUUAUGAUGGGAAAGGCUUUGAAUUUUUCCCUAGGUGUGGAUGCGCGUAUUAAAGAGUUGGGCAUCCCAGUGGUUUCUAAAUGUGAAUGUUGUGUACAGGGUUGUCUAGAAAAUCAGGAUCAUGUCCUGGCCACAGGUAGUUUUGUAGCGGAAAUUUGGCGCAGGGCAUCUUUGAGUUUGGGGAUGCCUUAUGACCCACCUAGGCCUUAG